AUGGUCGACCUCGACGCCGUCGACCGGGAGCUCAUGGACGCCGAGCGCGACGCCGCCUCCCCGCACCGCUACGCCGGUCGAGACAGCCGCGAGAUCGAGCGCGUCGCCACCGCGACCUCGACCUCGACCUCCUCCUCCUCCCAGUCCUCCGCCUACGCCCGCAAUGGCGGCCGCCGCCGGGCCUCCUCCUCGGGCGCCCACGCCGCCGCCGCCGCCGGCUACGGCAUGAGCCGCGUCUCGACCUCGCGCGACCUCGAGCGCCACCCCACCGAGCUCGAGCGCAUCCAGACGGCCAAGAGCCAGCACAGCGGCACCGUCGGCCGCUCCGUCACCAGCCGCAAGUCGCGCAAGCCCCUGCCCGAGUUCGGCGCGGGGAAGCCCUACCCGCCCCUGCUGCCGGACCAGGAGGACUACGUCGUCGAGUUCGACGGGCCCGACGACCCCAUGCACGCCCAGAACUGGCCCAUCCGCAAGAAGAUGCUCACCGCCGCCAUGCUGGGCUACACCACCAUGACCUCGGCCUUCACCUCGAGCGUCUUCUCCGCCGCCACCCGCUACGUCGCCGCCGAGUUCCACGUCGGCACCGAGGUCGGGCUCUUGGGCGUGUCCUUCUUCGUGCUGGGUUUCGCCUUUGGUCCCACGUUAUGGGCUCCCCUGUCAGAGUUGAAGGGCCGUCGCCUGCCCGUCGUCGUGGCCAUGUUCGGCUUCUCCAUCUUCUCCGUGGCCGUCGCGACGGCCAAGGACCUCCAGACCGUCCUCAUCUGCCGCUUCUUCAGCGGCUUCAUGGGCGCCUGCCCCCUCGCCGUCGUCGCCGCCAUCUUCUCCGACAUGUUCGACAACCGCACGCGCGGCAUCGCCAUCACCGUCUUCUCCAUGGCCGUCUUCAGCGGUCCGCUCCUCGGGCCCUUCAUCGGCGGCUUCAUCGUCACCUCGCACCUCGGCUGGCGCUGGACCCAGUACCUCGCCGCCAUCAUGGGCUUCGUCGCCUUCGGCCUCGACUUCCUCUUCCUCGAGGAGACCUACCCGCCCCAGAUCCUCGUCGCCAAGGCCUCGGAGCUGCGCCGCCGCACCCUCAACUGGGGCAUCCACGCCAAGCAGGAGGAGAUCGAGAUCGACUUCAGCGAGCUCAUCAACAAGAACUUCUCCCGUCCCAUGCGCCUGCUGUUCUUUGAGCCCAUCGUCACCCUGCUGUCCAUCUACAUGGCCUUUAUCUAUGGCCUGCUCUACCUCUUCCUGACGGCCUACCCCUUCGUCUUCCAGGGCGUCCACCACUUCACCCCCGGCAUCUCGGGUCUGACCUUCUUCGGCAUGAUCGUCGGCCAGCUCAUCGCCGGCGUCGUCGUCCUCCUGCAGCAGCCCUGGUACAGCCGCAAGCUCGCGGCCAACAACGGCGUCCCCGUCCCCGAGUGGCGCCUGCCCUCGGUCAUCGCCGGCGGCGUCUCCUUCGCCGCGGGCCUCUUCUGGUUCGGCUGGUCCGGCUACCGCGCCGACAUCCACUGGAUCGUGCCGACCCUGUCGGGCAUCCUGUCGGGCUUCGGCCUCAUGUCCAUCUUCCUGCAGGCGCUCAACUACCUCGUCGACGCCUACCUCAUGUUCGCCGCCUCGGCCAUCGCCGGCAACACCUUCCUCCGCUCGCUCUGCGGCGCCGGCUUCCCGCUCUUCGCCACCUACAUGUUUGACGGCAUGGGCAUCCAGUGGGCCAGCACGCUGCUCGGCUGCGUCGCCGCCGCCCUCGUGCCCAUCCCCGUCAUCUUUUACCUCUACGGCCACAAGCUCCGGUCCUACAGCAAGUUCGCGCCCACGCCGCCGCCCAUGAUGCAGCGACAGGCCGACGACGACGACGAGGAGGAGAGAGUGAACGGCGGCGGUGGCGGAGUGCUUGGCGGCAGCACCGAGAACGGCGCUGUUGCCGAGAAGGCCGAGGAGGUGGUGCCGCCCCCCGGGACGGCGGCCGCCGCGCCGCGGAAGGACGUGGAGAGGGCGGGCGAGGCUGUCUAG